AUGUCUCCACCUAUCAGUCAAACCUACCCGUUCCCGCAACCUACACCACCACUUGCUGUUGAGAGUGAGUAUUGGAACGAACGAUGUGAAAUACGGACAGAUUUAUUGAAAAAACUGAGAGAUCUCUGUCGAGAGAAGUUGGGAAGAGACAGAUUUCCUCCCACAUUCUGGGCAUUUUGCCAGGUCGCCGACCUCACCAAGCUACAGGACAUGAUCGAUGAUCUACGGUCGGCCUGCAAUACAAGAAGCGCACAGCAAAUACUGGAGCCAACUAUCAAGGAUUCCGAUGUUUGUGUUGAUCGAUGGCUCCAGAAUGUAAGCGUUACUAAGAGUUCAAAGUCCGGUACAGAUCAUUCAGGGCGCUCUGAUACAGCGUGCAAUAAUUGUAAGAAGAGAGAUGAGUACAAAUGUAUUCUGACCGGCAUACCAGACCCAGAAGCCGCCCACAUAUAUCCCAGUCGCCUCCUAAAAGCCUCGACACGUGAACCAAGAGCCGUUGGGAGAUUUUGGGAUAUUUUGAAUGUCUUUUGGGACGAGAAUCGUGUGCAGAGAUGGAAAGCAGAAAUCUCUGGCAACCCAAAUGAUAUGCAAGAGUCUAAGCAUGGAUGUUUUAAUAUGCUGUGCCUCGACAAAUACGCACAUACACUGUGGGGAAAUGGUCUAUUUGCGCUCCGACCAAUGGAAAUCACUAACGAUAGGACCCUAAAGGUUCAGUUCUACUGGCAAAGAGGAUUAUCAGAUGCUCUAACUGAAAUUGACCUCUUGACGGAACCGGAAUCUUCUCGUGGACUUUUUGGUGCCAAGAACCAUUCCUUACCGAGGUUUACUGGAAAAGUCAUGGACAACAGAGAGCCAGAAUACAGAGCUAUUGCUUCCGGUGAUAUUUUCACACUCAAUACCAAUAAUCCUCGAGAUAUGCCACUCCCGAGUCUAGCAUUACUCGAAAUACAAUGGAAUUUACAGCGAGUUGCAGGAAUGAGUGGUGCUGCAGAGUUGAACAGCAUUUCAGACUCUGACGACCGUGAUGCAGACACCACAUCCGCUGUAGAGCUCACUCGGAGAAUCUACGAAUGGUUGGGUCUCUUCACUCAUAGCGAUGAAGGCUUCGCAGUCCAACAACCGCCGAUCGAGGUCCGAAGUAUGAUGCAGUCAUGA